AUGAAUUUCUUACUUGCUACGUCGCUGUAUUUACUAGCUGCCAAUGUAAUAAAUUGUUCUAUUACCACUCAAUAUUACCAACGUUUAAUAAAGCAAGGAAUAACUGAAGCCUUGAGGUAUAAAUUACCCACGAGUAACAACGAAUUCAAACAGGGGGUCGAAUCUAACAAUAUCGAAGAAUAUGGCGAAUUUGAUUUCGUAAUAGUCGGAGCAGGAUCAGCGGGAAGCGUUCUAGCCACACGACUAUCAGAAAUUGACGAUUUCAGCAUCUUGCUAUUGGAAGCUGGAGGCGAAGAAGAUGAUUUCAGUCAAAUACCUGCAUUGUGGUCGUUCAAUCAAUUUAGCGAGAAAAAUUGGGGUUACUACUCCACACCCCAAAAACAGUCUUGCUUGGGGAUGAAUAAUAGGCAAUGUAGCGUUCCUCGAGGUAAGCUACUUGGUGGUACCAGCUCAAUUAACACUCUGAUGUACUCCAGAGGCAACUGCAGAGACUACGAUAAAUGGUCUCAACUAGGAAAUUGUAGAUGGUCCUGUAAAGAUGUCUUACCGUAUUUCAAAAAAUCCGAAAACUGCCAAAUACGUGGUGACGAAAACUAUCACGGCAAAAGAGGCUUCUGGAACUGUAGACUGAAACAACCGAUUGUAGACUACAACGGCAAAAACCAAAUGGGAGCAUCACACCGACAGUCUAAUAUCAAACAUGGAAAGCGACAAAGUCUUGCAACCGCGUUUCUAGAUAACAGUCGGCAGCGCAGCAACCUUAAGGUUCUUACUAAGACACUAGUGACCAAAGUCGUCAUUGAUUCACAGUCAAAACAAGCAAAAGGUGUAGAAUUCGUCACCAGAAAUAAAAAAUUCCACGUACGAGCUACGAAAGAAGUUAUACUUUCUGCGGGUGCUGUAAACACUCCACAGCUGUUGAUGUUGUCAGGAGUUGGACCAAAAGAUCAGUUAAGCAAACUGGAGAUUCCGUUAAUCACAGAUCUACCAGUUGGGAAAAACCUUAUAGAACAUCCAACUCUUAUCCUGAUGGUUCGUUCAGACUACAACGCACCCAAAGUCGGCCCUAAUAAACUAAUCCAACAAUAUUUGAACGGUUGUGGCACGUUAACGCAAGCGGGAAAUAUGGACGGCGUUGGUUACAUCCGAACCAAAAACGAUUCCAAAGAAGUACCCACAAUAGAAAUUUUGUUUUCAGUGCCCCCUCACAUCGACGUAUCUAUUUUACAGCGAGAAUUCAACUACAACAAAGACAUCAACAACAACUUACUCAAUAAAAUCAAUCCACAAACAGACAUAUUUUUCUACAUAGUACUGCUUCACCCCAAAUCUAGAGGACAAAUUUUCUUAAAGUCAAGCUGUCCGAUUGAUUUUCCAAACAUCGAUUUAAACAUGUUCGCUGAACAGGAAGACGUAGAAACUUUGAUUGAAGGGGUCGAGUAUGUUCAGAACCUCUUAAACACCGACGCUUUCAAGAAAAUUAAUGCGACUUUACUGGAAGUACCCAUUUGCACUAAUUUUAAAAUGGGUUCUAAGGAAUACUUGGAAUGUUUAAUUCGUAACUUGGCCGGCACUCUUUACCACCCAUCUGGAACAGCCGCGAUGGGACCAAACAAUGGAAAGUUUGUUGUUAGUGACACUCUACAAGUGCAUGGAAUCCGAAAUUUGAGGGUUAUUGACACUUCGAUUUUCCCAUCGUCGAUUUCUGGGCACUUGAACGCACCCACUGUCAUGGUAGCGGAAAAGGCUGCUGACCUUAUUAAACAAGAGCACAAACAUCUUUAA